CUCCCAGACCUUGGAUCAGCCUUCCACGUGGGCUCCACCUCUGCCACAAUCGGAGUCCUUUGCUGGUUUCCUUUACGUGGGGCUGUGGAAAUAUUUGUGGGCAACCAGAACCAGCUGUAGUCUUCUCCCCAGCCUCCCACCUCCUUUAUGUAACUUGGGCCCAGAGUUGAACAUGAGACGAGAACAGUUUGCUCACCACUGUGCUUCCUUCUGCUGUGCUGCAGGAGCAGCUCUAAGGAGCCCCACUGAGGAGCACAGCUGCUGGCAGCCAGCGAAGGCAGGUUGGCAGACUUGGCUUCAGAUGGUGGGUGAAUAAGAGGUGCAAUUACCUGGCUAAGCAGGCCCCUUCCCUUCUUUAAAUGCUAUCUUUCAGGAUGAGCAAAAUCUUCCAUUUCAAUUUAAUGUUAAUUUCUGCUAGGAAGAGCAGGGAAGGAAGCAGUCAUAAAACAGAAAAUCUCCCUUCUCAAGUGAUCUGCCUACGCUAAGGUAACCUUUCUCCCACUGAAACCAACUAUUUUCACAGCUUGAUCAGUUUAUCAGCUGAACUGCUGCUGGCUCCUCUUGCUGUGAGUAGGAGCAUUACAGCAGGAAGAAUUGCUCUUUGCUGCAGUCACUAAAUCCUCCUUCAACUAUUUACUUAUUAAAUUACAUUUAAUCCAUUAAUUUCAAAGAGGUCACAGGGGCAGGAAGAGAGGAUGUUUAAACACCACUAAACAUGAUACACCCAAUUGCACAUAAACCAGUGCAGAGCAAGUCGGAACAGUGGCCAGGUGGAUAAAAAAAACCAGGUUUCUGCCAUCAAAAUUAUUGAAUUUGACUUCUGAAUGCAGAUGGCGACCACGACCUCUUCAAAAGCUGCAGUGCAUGAAGUCUCAACAAAAAGCUCCAUAAGCGUUAAUGCCUAACUUCACACACCCAUGUAUGUGUGCAUCUGUAUAGACACAUAUAUCCAUAUGAACAGGAUUCUCCAUUACAUGUAUACAGAGGGUCCUAUUCAAGCAAGAGAGCCCCUUCCUCAGCACUCACAACCUCAUCAUCGAGUCUAUUUGAUCCAUUUAGUACUGCUUUGCAUUUUGUAGAGCACAGAACACGAAGGCAUUUUAUUUAAGCAUUAAGGACUUGCAGAAGAGCAUGCAAAAUGCCACGUGCUGGUGCAACCUCUUGUUUAUGCACUGAAGGUCUGUUUCCUUCUGAUACAGACAGAAUAAACUGAAUUCCUCAUCCAUUUCAACUCCUGUAAGGAACUCUUCAGAAAAUCAAACCCACAGAAGAGCUUUUGCUUAUUGCUAAAAAACCAGAAGCCACUGAAAGACCGUCUGUUUAUUUUCCAUGGGGCAACAGCAGCCAGCUAGGUUUGAACAUCAGGUUUACAGCCUCUUAAAAGGAAAGCUGUAACUUUCAUGGCUCUAAGAGAAAACAGCUGUAGGUAACAGCUACACCCAGCUGCUCCAAUUAUGUGCUUUACUUCUUUAGUACACGACAGCAACUUUAAGAACAAAAUUGCAGUCCGUAGGAUAGAAUGAGGCAGCGUUACCUGCUGUGAAGGGUUUGGUGGUGGGGUGGCUGGAUAUAAAGGGAGACAAGAAGCCAACUCACAGGACAUUUUCCAGCAGGGAAGCGUUGGAGCAGUUCUGCAGCCUCUCUCUGCAAGCAGGUAAUGUACUUGAACAGCCAUGUCCAUUUCAACUUUUCAGUCCUUACAGAUGCUUGCACUGGAAGGAACUUGCAUUAGAAGGCACUGCAAAGAGCACUUCUUAGAACAGAAACUGGCUACACCAAACCUGUCUGUCAAAUAUCAACAUGGAUUUUCACUGAACCUUCGAGGUCCAGGGGUUCCUAAAGCUCUGAAAGGGCGCUCAAAAAUCCUAAUUUAGAUCUCUAUCCAAAUGUCUCAGAUGUCAAAUCUCUUUGUGAUGAGUUGAUCCAUGCUCUGAGGGGCUCAGAACCCAGCUGUGACCCACGCGUAGGCACAGUGCCACCGGGGUGAUUCUGUAAGAUAAAAAUUGAGCUGUGAUGAUGCAGGAUCGGAAAUAUGCUUUGUUCUCUCAUCGCAGAAUGGAGAAGUCCAGGAAGAUCCUGGCUGGUGUCCUCCUGUUUACCACGUCUGUGGCAAUCUGCUUGGCUCAACACUGGUCUUAUGGCCUGCAACCAGGAGGAAAAAGGAAUGCCGAAAAUCUGGUGGAAUCAUUUCGAGAGAUUGCAAAUGAAAUGGAAAAUCUUGGGGAAGCACAGAAGGUUGAAUGCCCUGGAUCAUACCAGCAUCCCAGGCUGAGCAAUCUGAAGGAAACCGUGGCAAGCCUGAUCGAAGGAGAAGCCAGAAGAAAGAAGAUUUAAAUCCACAAAGGCAACAACACUCCCAGAAUAAAAUUUCAAAGCAAUGUUGAAAACAGUUCCUCCUGCCUCUGCUUUGAUUGCAAUACGUGAAUAAAUACUGUGAAAUCAGUGGGGAAUAGUGGAGGAUACCACUGUCCAGCUGACUUGCUUGUAGGUAAAAGAAAACACGUUGCAGUCCAGUGGAGGGGAAUCAGCUCUGUGGGGUCGGCUCUGCAUUCCAUAAUGACCGC